AUGUACAAGGCUCGUCUAGAAUAUUUCCAAGGCGAGGAAAGUGAAAUGCUGAAACGUGGUCAGGAUCAAGCGACAAAACUACUGGAGUGGUAUAAGGAGCGACUAUUGUCGGUACAGAAGAAAGCGCGACUUCUUCAACAAGGGAGUGUCUCAUUGGAUCCGGCUGUCCAUGAGCAGAAGCUUAACUUCCUUCGUGCCCACAUCACAGAGCUCAAUCGACGUAUACUCGCAGUGAUGGAGACCAGUGAUAAGGGAUUCCCGGCUCACCACAAUCGAACUACAUCAAAUGGUCCAUCAAAUGGCGCGAAUGACGAUCAGUUGGUGUGGCUCCAUCGUCAGAAUCAACGCUUAAAUCAGGAGCUCGCCGAGAAAACGCAAAUGAUUGAUCAGCUGAAAAGAGAGAACGAGAUGGUCAAGAAGAACCAAGUUCAAAGAGUGGACAGAAGUGUUCCAAUCUUGCGACCAUCUGCUUUCGUUCGCCCAGCUUAUCAGAUCCCGGCGAUCAUCAAUAACAACAAUCACCCGAAAAACCCAUCACCGCAUAAGAUUUAUGAUACUUUGAUGUAA